AUGUUGGCGGUGAGAGAGGCAGAUCGCCUCAUCGAGGCAGGGGUGCGACAUGGAAUUGAGAAGCGGGUCAUGGAUGCCUAUCCUCAUUUCUUUGUGAGCGCAAAGGGAAAGAAACGACAAAAAACAGGCAUGCUUGGACGGUGGAUGACUCAAGCGGAUGAGCAGCAAUGGCGGAAGGUGCCAUGGGAAAAACUUUCAACAGCGGACCGCGGCUGCAAAGAGUUGCCUGAUUGGUUGCGAGUCAGCAUCGGCUUGGCUCCUCGCUCUCUUGCCCGGUUCAAAGAGGGGAAGAACGUGCCUGCGGAGGUACAAGAGCGCUUGGUAGAUAUGAUCAACAGAGUGACCUGUGGGGAAGGCCCAAUGACUUCGGGCACUCUGGAACCAAAAACUAUUCAGAAGGAAGGUGAAAAAUUACUUGCAAUCUGGUCAGAGUCCAAGAAGCAAGCUUGCCAGGAGGCCGGGCUGCCGGAGCCAGACGUCAAGAAAAGCAUCAGCACGAAGUGGACAAGACGCUUCAUGGACCUUUAUGGGUGGCGGAGCAGAAAACCCAAUACGUAUGGCAGUUAUUUGGAUUAUGAAGACCAAAGAAUGAUUCGAUCGAGAAAAACCUACGAUGCAAUGAGGAUGGAGAACUCCAUCAGACAAGACAUGGUGCUGAAUUUCGACCAAAUUUGGAAGCAGUCUUGGAGUGCACCAGCAAAGAUCCAAGAGUUCAAGAACAAGUGUCCCGAUGUGCACAUUUUGUGCACCAACCGACCUUCGCACUUCAUGAACAGUGAGCUGGUUAUUGAGUACUACGAUGAGGUGUUGGCGCACGCCUUUGAGAAGCGUAGAACAGAGCUCUCCGCUCGCUAUGACAAGGACUUUCAGGAAGAGUGGGCAUGGAUUAGCAGGGGCUUGAGCAACAAGCAGGAGAUGCUGGAUGUGAACCCCGAUGUGCCAAAUUUCUCGGUGGAAGAGCUAGACGCUGAGCUGGAGAAAUGUGAAACUCAAGCGGACAUGGAUGCUUGGGCAGCGCCAAUGGACGAGGUGUUUGAGUCACCAUCCAUCAUGAGGACAGUCUUUUUGUGGCAAAUCUCCUUUGGGGCAGAAGAGUCUGAAGGAGAGGACACUGCUAAAUCGUGGGAGGCCAAGUCAGAUUGGAGAGUCCUUCCCGCACAUUGGCAGACUUUGCUGAACAAAAGACUUGCAGAGUACAAGACACAAGUCCAGGACGCUGAGGCAUUUUACAAGUUCCGUCUUGACACAUUUGGUGAGUCGGACAAGAAGACAAAGAACGCUCUGAACAAGUUCACUGCUAUUCAACAGGGGCAAGGUGCAGCAAGCGUGGUGUUGAUGAUGAAGGGAAGCGGCAAAGAAGCAUCAGAGGAGGUCUACCGACGCUGCUGCUCUGUGGAGAACGGGACCUGCAAGGUCUCACCUUCAAGCAAGGUUGAGGCCUACAGACUCAAUGUCUCUGACAUGAGCUUGGAGAAGUUGGGAACCGAGGGUAGCCCAGAAGUACGGCAUCUUCGUGUGAUCUCGGUUACUGGCAAAUCAGCCAAUGUGCAGGAGAUCCGGAUUCAUUUGUCCUCUUUGUCAUUGAAUUCCAGCGGAGCCAUCAACCAGGUGGAUGACAAAAACAGGACAGAGGAGGAGAAGAAGCGGGGGAAGAUGAAGGGACACGAGCAAGGUGGCAAGUGUGACGGUGACAAGUGCGAGGGCCAGGAAGAUCAGGUCGACCCAGCAGAGGAUAAUGUGGACAUGGAGCUGGCCAUGGUGGCAAACAUGUCUGACGGGUUUGAAGCUGCAGAAGCAGAGCUUGAGGAAAACCUCCCUGAAGAUCACGAGUUGAAUGACUGUGACCAGGAUCUUGUUGGGCUCGAUGCAGGUGAUCAGAACCAAUCAAAUGCUUCCGAUGACGAGGCGGUGGUUUGCAACUUUGACUCCAGUGACAUUGUCUUUGUGUCUGAAGGACCAAUGAUCAGUGCUGGCAGCUCUACUGACUCCAAGGAUUGUUCCGUGGGUGUUACUCCAGCAGGGAGUUUCCGACUUCUUCCUCAUUUUGCUUUUCUUGAGCAAGUUGGAUUGGCGGACAUCCCGAACAUUUUGGGCUGCGGAAUUGGGCUGCACUAUACCAUAAAUUGCUACCAGGCUCGGUACCCCACAGGACCCAAUGAAAAGUCCUCCUGUGCAAGGUCGUUUGGUCAAUUGAAACGUGGCUGGGUGCCCCCUUCCCGCGCGCUGCUCCAUUGCUUGCAUUGGUGCUGGGAACAGCAUUUGAAGAAGCAUUCCUCAUGCAAGGUGUCAUCGGGGAAGGUAGCGAUGCUAAAAGGGGCCAUCUUGGCAGAUCUUGGCCGAGACGCGAAGUGA